AAUGCACCGCACAGUCUUGCCUCGGCAGUUGGCGAAUCGCAGCCACCUCGCGUUUGUUUCGAGCGGCAAUCGCGGUCGCAUAGAGUGACGGAACCGCGAAAACCAACGUAUGUGGAUUCGAUCAAAAGUGGGUGAUGUUAUCAACAAUACAUUCAGAAUGUUUAGAACUGAAAGUUGGAUUUCAUCAAAGUAUUGCUUAAAAAUUUAAAGCCAGAAUAGAUGAGUUUAAAAAAAAUCUUCGCCGGAACAAGCGCAUUGCCCAGUUCUCAAUCAAAUGCCAAAAUGGCAAAAGAAAGCGAAAAGCCCGUGACAAUGGGUCCCAUCCGUCCGGCGUCGAUGCAGAAGCCUACACAAGUUGACCGGUCCACAUCCUCGACUGGGAGCGUACUGACGCGUAUGCGUAGUUAUAGCUUGUCGGAAAUCGAUGGCAGCCGGCAAAACCGCGGUCAGCAAACACAGUCCUACGAAAUACACAAAGGCAUCGCCGAGAGUGCCAUGGAUAUCUCCCUGCUGACGGCCAACGCCAACCAACUGCGUUUGCUUAUAUCCUACAACUCCCGAUCGAGGACGUAUAUUCCGUGCAUUAUGCUGGUGAUUAUUUCACUGGUGCUGCAACUAUUGGUGGCUAGCGGAGUUAUCAUUAUUAAGAGUCAACCAAAAUCAAAACGUAGCCCACCACUGGAGCGAUUGAAGAUCGUAACAUCGAUAGCCGUAACAAUCAUCACAGUGAUCAACAUUCUGGUGGCUUCGCUAGUAGUGACCGACGGAUCUGGUAAAAAGGACGAGCCAGACAAAUAAGCUCAAACCCUCUUAUCUUCAACGAUGAUGUGCUACAUCCAUAUACAUAUUUUAAUAAAGUACGCCAUUUAGUCCAUUUA